AUGACACUGGCUUUACUGUCAACCCCUGAACAAAUAAAAAACGAUCGUAAACAGAUGAAUAUAGCUUUGGAUGGUAUCUUUGAUAAUCUUGUUUUGGCUGCUGGGGAACAAGAUUAUCGAUACCAACAUAGAUUUCAUGUGAGUGAACCAUUAGUUGUUUUGGUAAAAUUGUUUAGUUAUGAUCGUACUCUUGAUUAUAUAAUGCAACAUGCGGAAAUUAAACAACUAGAAACAACAACAACGUUAGAAUUUCUACUUGAUUUUUUCUUUAAAUAUUAUGCUACAGUCAAACAUGAUGAUCCACUCAAAUUGACAACAGUGACAGCAUUAUGCAAUAUUUUUUGGAGUGUUUCACUACGACCUCAAUACAAACAGGAAUUGCAUGUAGAUGAAAAAAAAUUUGAAGAAUUUAAGAAGUUAAUAAAACAGAUUGCUAGUGGAAAAGACAACAAAAUGAUUAUCACAACAUCUAUACACUACGUUCCCACAUACAUUGAAAAUAUGCAAAAAGCAGCCAACGGUAUUUUGUGUAAUAUUGUUGAACAACAAGAACAACAACAAUCUGAAACUCAAAAAUCAGAGCGAUGUGGAGUCAAACGACGUCGAGCUCUAUCGCUCUCUCUCAGAUCGUCAUCAAUGAAUAGUUCAAGUACUCCUAAACCAUCAAUUAUGAUUAGUUACUCACAUGGAGACAAUGAGGUCUGCAUGCAACUUUACAAUGAGUUAAAUAAGAGGAACGAUGAAUUUGAUAUUUGGAUUGAUCAUCAAUGUUGUAAAACCGGUUAUUUAUGGGGUAAAAUAGCUGAUGGUAUGCAAGAAGCGGGUGUCAUUCUGUGUCUUCUAUCAAACAAGUACUAUGAAAGCAAAUCAUGUCAACAGGAAUUUGUCUAUGCAAAUGAUCAUUUGAAGAAACAGAUUAUACCAGUGUUUAUUCAAAAUGAUAAACCGCCAGGCUGGUUAGGUGAAAGCAUUUUCAACAUGAUUGAACUUCAAAAAAUCUAA